AUGCGCGAAGCACAAGAAUCGACGGAAUCUACUUACAAGGAAUCUUCUAGUGAUGUGAAAGCCACGGAUUGCACUGAUGGCGGCCGGGAUACUUGCAUUCCUGAUGCCGUCAACGAUUCUACAGACGAACAAGAAAACCUCUUCUUCCUGCAUCGCAUCUCUUCUCACAGGCAUAAAUUUUCUGCUGCUGAUGGCAUUUCCGAGAUUCCUGGAAAUCUUCUCAUUGAGACUGGACUUACAGAAUCUGACACGGAAGGUAUUGGCACAUCAAACUCCGGCGACCAAAUGCCUAGUAGAUCAAGCCCUGCCGAUAGCCCACCACCCAUGUAUCUUCAAGAAACAUCAACGAAACUCCUAGUGUCAAGCUGGAAGGAUUACGAGGCACCAAGCUGCGGGCGCAAAAUCUGUAAUGCUCUGACCGCCAAGAAAAGGACAGAGCUCCUUCUUGCUCUGAGAUCCAUGGGCGACAUUGAUAUCGGAGAUCGCAUUUUCUCCUUAAGUGGUAUGAAACAAGGGAUUCAUCUAUACGCCCGAAACAUCUCCAUCGAAUAUCCAAUUCUCCACAAUGAAUUGCUUCUCCCAACAAGAGAAGAGAUGGAAUCAGAAUUUGCUGGAGAUGUUGCCCCCCCUGAACUACUAUGGGCUGUCAUCUCUCUCGGAUGGGCCCUUAUGCGAAGCGAAGACGCUCAUGAAUUGAACAUGGCAUGCACUGUCCAACGAAUAUUGAGAAAAGAAGUGAUCUGCCAUCCAUGCCUCACAGUUUCACCUCCUCUUUGGCUUGUUCAAACAUUAUUUUUCGUUUUGAUUUUUGCUCGAUACCAAGGCACACAAGAAGAAUAUGGCUUUUCCGUCACAUUCCACAAUGUCUUACUUGAUGCUAUACGACGACUAGAUACAAGAUCAUUACAACAUUCAGAUUCCCCUUCCAAGGAUGGACAGGAAUUGCCCCGCAGAGCUUGGCUCGUAUGGAUACGUAAGGAGUCAAUUAAAAGGCUUCUCCUAGAGACUUUUGUGCUGGAUAUUAAACAAUCUAUCCUACACGGUGGAGAGCUCGUCCUACAUCCAGUUGAUGUUCACUUGACGCUUCCAAUCUCUGAAGAGGCUUGGUACGUCAAUUCUGCUGAGGAUUGGGCCGAUACAUUACUGCAGGUGAUAGAACAACAACCGCAACUCAUCUCCAUAUUGAAGGACGAGUGGACUAUUUCCCCUUUGUACAGACCCAAAAGGUUGCUUACUUAUUCCAACGCCGUACUCCAUGGCAUGAUUGCAAUCGCAAGAGAAAAAGUCAAGCGAAGCGAUAACGUCUUUGCCAACAAAUCAAGCGAGUCUCUGGAGAAUGUGGCUGACAUCAUGAGACAGUAUCUGGUGGCAUUGGAGUCAUCCAAGAACCAGAAUCAACUUUCACCCUCUAUCAGGUCGUAUCUCUGGCGAAGUUGCUUCUGCAUGGCGCGACUUGCAUAUACAUUGUAUGAGGUUACUGCCAUUGAUCUACAAACGGUUGCAGGUAAAAAUCCCAUAGAAGGCAAGUUUUGUGGGACUUCCGACUACUUGAAGUCAAAGAGUAGAAUUCGGUCUUGGGCGACACAAAGACGAAGUCUCCUCGGAGUCAAUCGUACGAAAUUGAACGUUUUAGUGGAUAAUUGCAAACACUGA